AAUUUUUAAUAGCAAAUUCUUGUGUAUGUUCAGUCCAGCAGCGUGUUGGUGUCUUUGUCCUCCAGUCAUCGGACACCAGGCAACAUAAAGAUGCGAUGGCGCCACCUACUGGUCAGUGUUAACAACAUCACCUGCAGUUCUAGCUGCAUGUGACUUGUUAAAUCAUCACAUAUACUUGCCACCGCCUCGGGCACCGCGGCUGCCGAGUCCUUUUACGUGACGAUAAUAAAUCAACUUGCAGACAGCAUUUUAACAUAUUAGUCGCAUAGCACCUUUACUGAAAAACAUAACUUAUUUAAGAUCUGAAUGGCAGCCUUGGCAGUCUUCUGAGAGGAUUAAUAGUGAUUGUAGUAAAUGUCUUCCUGCUGCUAACUAGCGCAGCAUCAUCAUCAUCAUGGCGGAUCAAGGCGAAUCUCCGGCUCCUGUCCACCACCCGCAACCGGCGCUGACAACCAGCUGGCCAAUUACCAGGGAGUCGUACGAGCUGCAGGAAGUCAUAGGCAGUGGGGCCACAGCUGUGGUGCAGGCAGCCCUCUGUACCCCCAGACAGGAGCGCGUGGCCAUAAAGAGAAUCAACCUGGAAAAAUGCCAGACCAGCAUGGAUGAGCUAUUGAAAGAAAUUCAAGCAAUGAGCCAGUGCAACCAUCCCAAUGUUGUCACCUACUACACUUCUUUUGUUGUGAAGGAUGAACUUUGGCUAGUCAUGAAGCUUCUGAGUGGAGGCUCUAUGCUGGAUAUAAUUAAGCACACAAACAAAGAAGAGGACAAAAAUCGAGCUCUAGAUGAACCUAUUAUUGCUACUAUAUUAAAAGAAGUGCUCGAGGGCCUGGACUAUCUGCACAGAAAUGGACAGAUUCACAGGGAUGUGAAAGCUGGGAACAUACUUCUGGGAGAAGAUGGAUCUGUUCAGAUUGCAGAUUUUGGAGUGAGUGCAUUCCUGGCUACGGGGGGAGAUAUGACAAGAAACAAAGUAAGAAAGACCUUUGUUGGCACACCAUGCUGGAUGGCACCGGAGGUGAUGGAACAAGUACGAGGCUAUGAUUUCAAAGCCGAUAUAUGGAGUUUUGGAAUUACAGCUAUAGAGUUAGGAACAGGCUCUGCACCCUAUCACCGCUACCCUCCUAUGAAGGUUUUAAUGCUUACCCUACAGAAUGAUCCACCCACUCUAGAGACGGGUGUAGAGGACAAGGAAAUGCUAAAAAAAUAUGGCAAAUCAUUUAGAAAGCUUAUAACUAUGUGCCUUCAGAAGGAUCCUGCCAAAAGGCCUACAGCUGCAGAGCUUUUGAAGUGUAAAUUCUUCCAGAAGGCCAAGAACAAAGAAUAUCUGGUUGAAAAGCUUUUGUGUCGUGCACCAAAGAUUUCCCAGAGAGCUAAGAAGGACCCUGAACAGAAGUGGGGGAGCCUUGGUUCUAUGUCAGGUUUGGAAAAUAAACCUGACACCACCAGAAGGGUGAGGAGAGUCCCAGGCUCCAGCGGUCACCUGCACAAGACAGAGGAUGGAGACUGGGAGUGGAGCGAUGAUGAGCUGGACGAGGGCAGCGAGGAGGGCAAGGCAGCAGUGAAUCAGGGCAGGUCACGAAGGGUCAAAGAUGAGGCCAAAGAUAAUGAGCAGAAUGCCAACAAUGUUCCUAUUGAAGGGUUGUCUAUUCAGCAUCCCCAGGUUGAACCAUAUGAGGAUACACCAUACAUUCAAGGUGCUGUGAACAUGGUACUACGGUUAAGGAACUCUAGAAAGGAGCUGAAUGACAUCCGGUUUGAAUUCACCCCUGGGCGAGACACUGCUGAUGGCGUUUCCCAGGAACUGUUCUCGGCUGGUCUGGUGAACGGGCACGAUGUGGUUAUUGUUGCUGCCAACCUUCAGAAGAUUGUAGAUGACCCGACUACCUACAAAGUAUUGACCUUUAAGCUGGCCUCCAGCUGCGACGACACUGAGAUCCCAGACGAGGUGAAGCUGAUCGGCUUUGCGCAGCUAAGUGUCAGCUGAUGCUCUCGUCAUGCGUGAAGCAGGUGAGACAGUUCAGGGCAGACAGACUGAGGAACACACCACCACUUCCUGCAACAUCUUCCCCAACACCCUUGCUGCACCGCCCCCCCCCCACUCCUUUUCAGCCUCCCCGAGGCCCAGCUCUGCCACCACCCCGCCUGCACCUCCUUAGCCCAGACUUCCCUGCUCACUGCCCCCCCCCACCCAACCUUUAACCUUAAAGAACAUUCCACCGCCCAGCGCACAGACCGGGAUCGGGAUACAGCCCAGGAACCUAAAAAUGUACUCAGGUGGUGAAGGAGGAUGAUUAAGAUGUAGCUUUAAAUGUUUUAUUUAUUUUUUCUUUUAAUCAUUUUGUUUUACAUCUCAUUACCUCUGUGUUCAGCAAAGCUCUCAUUUAUUGAAAUGAGAGUAUUUUUUUUUUAUUUUUUUCUCACGCUGUUUUGUUGCCACAGUGAAAACAAAUUUGCUUUGACUCACAUCUCACAAACCCACCCAUUUGUGGUGUUUAUCUGAGGUUUGUGUCAGAAUGUAUGGUCUAGUUAAUUUAUGGGGACAAGCACAUUUUCAUAAUAACAUAAUGAAUGUCUAACAAGAGAAUGAAUUGUAUGUUUGUGUCAAGACCUGUUUUACACUGACAAGAAGGGAACCAUUUGCUUGAGUGUGCAGAAAAAAAACGAGACCUGGAUGUUACUGUGUAUAAUUAGCUGCUCUUGACAGUGUUAAUGCUUGGGAAUGCUAGAGGUGCCUUGUUCAUUUUUCUGUGCCUAAGAAAGUAGUCAAUGAUUGAGACCACAAAAAGAGCAGAUUUCCAUUUCACAAAUGUAUUAUUCCAGCAAUGACACAAAUCACCUUAAGUAUCUUAGUGAGACAAGCUACAAUGCACUUUUGGGCUGAGUGUGUGCCCCCGACAAGCUGAUGCUUAGCCCCUGGAGACAAGUUAACUUGUGUGCUUUUGUCACCAGACAAAUAAAACAUAACAGAACCCUGUACUCAUGUAAACCGCUCUGGUUGAUGUGUUUUCAGAUGCCAGGCUAAUAGACAAAACCACAACAGUUGAAUCUUCUCGCUCUGUCCUGCUGCACUACAAAACUUUAUUUUGUUCCCAAAAAUAUAGUAGUUACUAAAAUGUACUGUAUGACAAUGCAUCUGAGGAUGAAACCAAAAGGCAUCUAUUGAAAGGGUGACGAGCCAUUUGUUUGUUCAAACAAGUCCAGUAGCUCGAAAUUAUUUUUAAGUAUUGAGGUGGUAAAUAUUAACUUCUACUAAAUUUGUUAUUUUAUGAAGUAAUUUAUUGUGUUUUCUAUGUACAGUAUGUGUACCAUUUCAGCAUAUUACUCCUGUUCCCUCUCUGUAAUCAGCUGAUGUCAAAUUUCUGACAAG